UCAGCUGAAGUUAACAGUUUUACAAUAUAUAAAUUCCAAAAAAUAAUCUACAACAGUAACAUUUAGAACGUUUCCAGUGUUAGGUAUUUACAUCUUGAAGCGAUUGCUAUAUGAAGAUAAUUUUUCGCACAACGCUACUACAGUAGAUGGCUUUCCCGGUCCACGAAGCCGUACUUCGUAGGGUUGUUGCACAGAACCACAACACACAACAGGUGGAUGUGAAGUAGGCCGGCCCAGACCUGUCAGUGUCCCGGAGCGCUGCGCUUGGGAUUGCUCUCCGCCCCUAACUAUAAGGUAGACCGGCCGAAGGAGCAUCGACUGGACAAAUCAGGGGCGGAUAAAACUACCUUCGCCCUCGAUUUCCCCCUCAGCAAAACUGUCAACUUGUUGAAUCCGCAAUAAAGAAGCGUGGGGAGCGGAGGGAAAUGUGUCGGAUUGUGAGACAUCGCACGUUUUACAGCCGCUGUCGCCUUUCGCUCGCUCUCUUCUGCGAAAGUUUCUUUCGUGGAUUUUAAAAGGAAGCUGUUAGGAUAUUUAUUGGGGAUUUCUCUCCUCUUAUUUUGCGGAUUACAAUGCCUACCAAACAAGAAUCUAUGAUGGACCUACACCUGGAAUACGUGAAAAUUAAAGCGCAUUACAAUCGGAACAUACUGAUCUCUGAUCUGGAUGCUGCCCUGACGUACCAGGAGCUGUGCGAGGAGGUCAGGGAGAUGUGCAGCCUGCACGCUGAGCAGCCCAUCACCCUCAAAUGGAUCGACGAUGAAGGAGAUCCCUGCACCAUCUCCUCUCAGAUGGAGCUGGAGGAAGCCUUUCGUCUCUACAGCCGCAACCGCGACUCGGGUCUCCUCCUCCAUGUCUUUCCCAGCAUUCCUGAGAAGCCUGGUAUGCCUUGUCCAGGGGAGGACAGGGCAGGUCCGGCUCACCUGCAGAAGAGCUGUAAGUCACUUGAGGAGAUGGCAGGUCUUUGGCAGGAGUUUGCAUAGGCCUCUGACUGUCAGGUGAAGGCAGCCACAAUUACCCCUCUGCAGGCUUUAAUCCCGGCCUCCGGCCAGGACUGCAACGGUAGGCAGAAAUGUCUGACUUCCUAGGAUUUGGCACAAUCAGUGUGCUGGGGUCUGAAAACCUUCCCGUUAAUAGACAUUGAAGGCGAUUCAGGUGCUGCUUAUGUGCAGUAUGUGUCUCGCCGCGAUGAAUGAUUGCAGUGCAGUUUGACCGGAGACGUCGCAUGAAUUAACACAGCCUCGGCGGCUAAGGGCGAGACAGCCAGCAGACAUUCAAAUAUGGCUUCCCAGAAUUUCCAGCAAUAUUCAGCAUCAGUCCCCAUCUUUGUUUUGUUUGCUUCUGCGCAAUCAUAUUAUAGCCCCCAUGUAAACAGUAGUUGACAGAAAUGGUCAUUUUGGAACUGGCCCUAAGUGAAUGUGGUGUCUCGCAGUCUUUCUGUUAAUGGGGUUAAGGGCUUAAGCAUUCCUGUUAUUCUCAGCUCCCAGACAGACACCAGGCACCAAUGGGUGUCUGAUUUGGGUGCAAUGAUUCAAUUUCCAAAAUUUCAUGCUUUGACAGGGAGCUCCCUCUCUUCCUGAAUAACCUCAUGAGAAUGAGUCAUGUUUCCUGCAUUACUUUUAUUAUUUUAUAUUUUAUUCAUUUAGCUGACACAUUGUGUUGUGUGUUUGUAUGUUUGCUUGUUUGUUUGUCAGAUUCCCGCUAAUAAAGAUUUAUCCGUGUUUCCAUGUAUAUUGCUGACUACUUACAGAUCUUGGGUCAAAUACAAAAGUAAGACUUACCCCGGUGCUUGAACCCAGGACCUUCUGCAUCCUUUUGUGUUACCUCCCUGCUGGCGCCACAGUGGAAGACUGCACUCUCGAAAGCUACUGCGUCUGGUACUAGGGGAGGUGGUGAAGCCAUUCUGGUGGACUCCACCAGUCAUAACUGGGUUGG